UAUGAUCUGAUAAAGUGUGUUAUUUAUUAUUUUAUGUUGUUGUGAUUACAAUAAUUCAAAAAAAAAAAAAAAUAUUAUGAAGCAAAAGCAUUAAGUUUAAUAGAAUAUGGCGGCAAAAUGAGAUGAAAAAAGGAAUAGUGUUUUAACUGUCAAAUAAGACAGCAACAACAACUACAACAACAAAGCAAACUACACCAACCAACAAAAAAUCAGUUUUAAAAAAAUCUUUAAAUUCAACCAAACAGACAAAAAAAUAUCUACAAACAUGUUGUCAUUGACAUUGUUGAGAAACACCUGCUCAUCAUCAUUAUCAUCAUCGUCGUCUUCGCGAUCAGUAUUACCAACAGCAGCAUCAACAGCAUCAUCAUCAUUUUGCUGCUCUUCAUCAUCAUGUUCUUUUUUUAAAUCUGUGAUUUUUAUACUUGUUAUAUUAACAAGUGCCCGCGGUCUGCAGUCCUCAAUAUUGGGUGUUUAUUUUGAACGUUCACCCGAAUCGGCUGUUGCUCCCAAGGGUGAUGAGGUAGUAUUUGAAUGUGAGGUCAACUUGGCUCCCGAUCGUUUAGAGUGGAAAUUUCGUCAUUCUAGUAAUCGUUCUGGGGAUGGAAGUAAAUAUAAAUAUCUAUCACAGGAGAACGGCUACAAUAUCACAAAAGAAGAUCGUGUCUCCAUGCUACGUAUAUUUGUACAACCUGAAUCUCUAGGUGAUUAUCAGUGUGUGGCUUGGUAUGGUUCGGCGGCCAUAGCAUCGUUAUCGGCUCGUCUUACUCUAGUCUCCAUAUCUAUAGACAAUUCCAAUGGUUAUUCUCGUAAUUCCAAAAUAUAUAAUGUGGCUCCCAAGAAUUGUGUGUUACUACGAUGUGGUACGGUGACCUCCAAUCCCCCAGCCAUAUGGAGUUUUUAUCGUAAUGGCGAGAAGUUACCACAAACCGAAAUCAUACCCACCAAUGGCGCUUUAAUAUUGAAUACAGUAACAGCUAAGGAUUCGGGCAAUUAUACUUGCUCCGCCAUGAAUCCUAUAACAGGUCAGGAGGUAAAGUUGCCGCAACGUAUUGACCUGAGGGUGGACUAUACAGAUCGUAAUCCUCCUUAUUUUCUAAUACCACCCGUCACUCAAGUUACAGCUAGGCCGGGAGAUUCGGUGGUUUUAGAAUGUCCGGGUGUCGGUUCUCCUCCGCCCGCUGCUGUUUGGAGUUCUCCCGAUAUUAUUAAUAUCAGCAAUAACAAUCGCACACGCCUAUUGCCCUAUGGUUUACAAAUUACCGAUGUUAUGCCUGAAGAUCAAGGUUCCUAUGUUUGUCGUUUGGACAAUGGUAUAGCUCCGGCAUUGGUGCAUAUCAUCAAGUUUACCGUUUUAGAGAAACCCACCAUUCUAAGAGGUCCUGCCAGUACGGUAACGAAUGAAAGUUAUACAUUAGAAUUGGAGUGCUCGGCCACUGGUAAUCCUUAUCCUGAUAUCUAUUGGCUUAUAAAUGGCAUAGAUACUUCUAUGGAUGAGGAAAUGUUGCAUGAUGGUCGUCGUUUGGUUAUACAACAUGUUCAGAAAAGACAUGCUGGCAUAGUGCAAUGUUUUGCCAAGAAUGAAGUGGGAGAGACCAGCGAAGCUAAUCCUUUAAAAGUUAAUCCCAAACAGAUUCACGGUUCUUCACCACCUUUGGGCAAUGUCCCCACUAAAGUCUAUGAACAUGUAGGCAAUCACAAGACUAAGGGAAAGACAAAGAAACAACCUAAAGCUACCAUGAUUCCACCCUCUCGCCCUAAUGUUACCCGCCUAUCCGAUGAUUCCGUUAUGUUGCGCUGGUAUGUGCCCAAAAACGAUGGUCUACCCAUACAAUUCUUUAAAGUACAAUAUCGCAUGUUGGGCGAUGCAGCACGCACAAUACCCCGUGAAAACUGGCAAACAACGAAUGAGGAUAUACGCUACAAUAAAAUGGAUCGUAAUAAUGAGGGCUUUAAGAAUUUCACAUCAUCGGUGACGGGUUUAAAACCUGAUCGUUUCUAUCGUUUUCGUAUUAUAGCCGUUUAUUCGAAUAACGAUAAUAAAGAGGGUAAUACUUCUUCCAAGUUUUUCCUUAGACGUGGAGAAGAUUUAGAUUUAUCUAAUCUACCCGUACCCGAAUUACAACGUAUAGAACCAUUAUCGGAAUCGGCGGUAAUGUUGCAAUGGUCAUUAGCUCAUACAUCGGCGGCCACUGAAGUAGAUGGUUUCUAUGCUUACUAUAGGCCAGCCUCAUCGGCUGGUGAGUAUAUGAAAGCCACUGUAGAUGGCAUGCAGACAAGAAAAUUUAAAAUAGACAUGUUAGAGGCUGGCACAACCUAUGAAUUCAAAUUGCAAUCCUUUAAUGAAAUGGCUGCUUCCGAAUUCAGUUCCAUAGUACAAGGCAGCACUAAGAAAUCUCUUACCACCCCCACGCCCAGCUUACCCGAAAAAGAACCUGCUUCUAAACCCAAUGAAGAGGAUAAUUCUUUGUACCCUGUAGUUGCCGGAGCAGCUGGUGGUGGCCUUUUAUUACUAAUAGUCAGCUUAAGUGUUUGCAUGUGCAUAAAAAGACGUAAAAAUUCUCAAGCUGAAGAAGAAAAUAAACCUCAAUUGGAUCAUAUACAAGCUGAUUUUGUAUCACCACAGGUUUUGGGUGUUAACAAUCAUCACAAAGCAAAUAAUCAUCGUUUGAAUGGUGUUUUGCCGCGAAUGAAUAUUACACCAAAUCCACUGGCUCAGGAGGCUGAUAAGAAUCGUAAUGUCAUGGAAUUACGUUUCAUGACCACCACCAAUAACACCACCACCAGCAGUUCGAACAACAGUUGUCACAAUAGUACAGAGAAGCUUAAUGCUGAACAACAUGAUUUAGCUCUGCAACAUCUACAAACGCCACCACAACGUUCCACCUCAUCUUGUGAGACUUUAGAAGCUUCCGAGGGUGUUACUCUAGCCAAUGGUUUGGAUCCUAAUUCGCCUCUAUCGAAACCUUUGCCUCCCCUACCCAGUAAGAAUACAACAAAGUUAGCAAAUCAUACAACCUCAACGAAAAUGCAACAACAACAAUCGAAUAAUGCUUCCUGUUCUUCAUCGAACUCAUCAACCUUGCAUAAAUUAGCUAACUCUAAUAAUUUGAAUAAUUCACAGGCCCAUAUAGGAUCGGGUAUACAUCAUGCUCAACCCUAUUAUCAAACACCUCCUACCCCCACCUUAAUGGCUAAAAGAGACUAUCAGCAACCACCGCCUGUGCCACCACAUCAAAAUAAUAAUCACACUUCUAUGUCGGCUAUGAAUCAUCAUCAUCAUCCAUCUUUACCACCAACUGGACAUCAAACCGCUCCCCUAACGCCCUGUUUAGAUCAACAAAGACGUACAUUAGAUCGCAAUGUACGUAAUAAUUUACCCUACAAUCAAAAUAACUCGAAUAUUCCGAAUAAUCAUGAUUCGUCCGCCAUGAAUUUGGAAGGUCUUACUACACGCAUACCUUCUUUGAGAAGGACAAGACGUACAUCCGGCAGUAGUUCAAAUAAUGGUGUCAACUCCAUGUCCAGUAAUCCCAACGGUGGUCUGGGUAUACCUAUUGCCGUGGCCGCCGGUAGUCCAAGAGUUCAACGUUCUCCUAUGCCCGCCAGAGCGGCCAUGAUGAAACAACGCUCACGUUUGGGCAGUCACAAUGAUAACAUCUCUUCGGGCAGUCUCAACAGUAUUGAAGUGUGAUGUUAAACAGUGUUAGCCGGAUAGUAAGUUAGUGCUAAAGAGAGCAGAAGUUAUGUAAGUUAGAGAAUUUUUUGUUUUCUUUUAUUUUUUUCUUUCUUAGUAAUGAAUACAGACUAUUAAGUUUUAGUUUACUUUAAAUUUAAAUGUAAAUAAUUUAGCUUAAGAAUUAGAACUAUUAGUUUGUUUUAUAUACUUACUAACAGGGCACAAAAAUGAGAGAAAGUUUUUUAUAGAUAAAGAGAGCUCAAAUGAAUUUAAAAAUAAGAGAAUGUUAAAAACUAAGACUGUAGACUACAAACUAGACUAUAGUCUAGUCUACA